AUGUCGGACCUUUUUCUCAACUUAACUACUCCGAAUGGCCACUCCUACCAGCAACCCACAGGGCUCUUUAUCAACAAUGAAUUCGUGAGGGCGUCGAGCGGACAAACAAUCGCAACUUUAGAUCCGGCCACCGAGAAGGAAAUCGCGACCGUCGAAGCAGCAAGCGCUGAGGAUGUUGACACGGCUGUCCGGGCGGCUAAAGCUGCCUUCAAGGCCCCUUCGUGGAAGAAACUCCCUGCCACUGAGCGGGGACGGCUGUUGGUUCGCCUCUCUGAAUUGAUCGAGGAAAAGAAGGAGCUUUUUGCCAGCAUUGAUGCGUGGGAUAACGGCAAGACCUAUGAGCUGGCUAUGGAGGACGAUCUCCCCGAUACCAUUGGAACCUUCCGAUACUACGGCGGCUGGGCUGAUAAAAGCUUUGGUCAAACGAUUGAGACCUCCCCCGAGAAAUUCGCAUACACUCUCCGCCAGCCAUUUGGAGUUGUCGGCCAAAUCAUUCCUUGGAACUUCCCUUUAGCCAUCUUUGCAUGGAAGGUUGCACCUGCUCUCGCAGCAGGAAACACUGUUGUUAUCAAAGCCGCAGAGCAGACUCCUCUUAGUAUUCUCGUAAUGGCUACGCUGAUCAAAAAGGCCGGGUUCCCGCCCGGUGUGGUCAACAUCCUCAACGGAUAUGGCCGUGAAGCCGGUGCUGCCCUGACCGAACAUCCCUUGAUUGAUAAGGUAUCAUUCACCGGCUCGACCACUACAGGUGCCCAGAUCAUGAAGUCAGCAGCUGGCCAGCUCAAGGAGAUCGUCCUCGAGACCGGUGGCAAGUCACCUCUAAUCGUUUUCAACGAUGCUGACAUCGACCAAGCUGUAAAGUGGUCUCAUGCUGGUAUCAUGUCCAACCAGGGACAAAUCUGUACCGCUACAUCUCGCAUCUUUGUGCACCGAGACAUUUAUGAUCGUUUCCUUACCCUCUUCAAGGAGCGUGUCACUCGUGCACAGUAUGAUCGUGUGAUGCACUACAUCAACGUCGGGAAAUCAGAGGGCGCGACCUUGGAAACUGGUGGUGAAGCCUUCGCCGGACCUGACGGCAAAGGAUUCUUCGUCAAACCCACUACUUUCACCAAUGUCAACUCCUCCAUGAAGAUCUAUAAGGAAGAGAUCUUCGGUCCUGUUGGUCUCAUUAUUCCCUUUGAUGAAGAAGAAGAUGCGAUCGAAAUGGCCAACGAUACACUGUUUGGCCUGGGCGCUGCUGUGUUCACCAUGAACUUGCGUCGAGGUCACCGUGUGGCAGCAGAGGUUGAAGCUGGUACUGUGUGGCUGAACAGCAGCCAGGAUAGUGACCACCGCAUUCCGUUUGGAGGCUACAAGACGAGUGGUGUUGGCCGAGAGUUGGGCCAGGCUGGAUUUGAUGCCUACACUCAGGUCAAGGCAGUGCACGUCAACAUGGGAAAUGACCUGUGA